AUGGUUCGUGAUUUGAACAGAGAAAUUCUCAAAGAAAUCGGUGCAGAGCCAUCUAAGUUUAGUUGGAAUGAACAGAAAAUGCAAAGAAAGCCACCUGCUAAAAGAUCUUAUCCAGAAACAAACACGAAGCAAAAAGAAAUGGCUCAAAAACCGAAAGAAUUACCUUCAAGUAAAGAAGUUCUGUUACAAAGCCGUGACAGCAGAAAAGCCCGACCACAAACGAGAAGCGUCACAAGUGGAAAGAAAAAGAAGAAAAAUCGAAGUGAAGGAGAACAGAGAGUUGAAGUUGAAGAACGGAGAGCCAAACUAAGAGAGCAAACAAGAGAAAGGGUGAAACGAUACAGAGAAAAAAAACGACAAGAAUUAAUAGGUAACAACCAUGAAGACUUGAAAGAGUCAAGUGUCACGAUUCCAAACCCGCCGGCUCCCGUACCGUCAUCUACCGAGAAAGGUUUUCAUAAUCGUAUGGCCAAGACACGAGCACUUAAGGUCAUAAGGAAUACCUUGCCAGGAUCCCCAAAGAAAAAAGCAGAGAUUCUGGAAUCCCUAAUUUCAAGUCCGCGCACAAGAAAAAUUCUUUCUGAAAAGGAAAUAGUAAAAACACCCGAAGAAAGGAAAGAGGAUAGUGCGCUCAAGGCUCUCGCAGCAGACAUCUCCGAGGGGAUAAAGCAAAUCAAGAAAAGUGGUUCUAAAGAUAACAGAGCAGCCUUGUCAGCUGUUAAAAAUCUUUCUUUUGGAAGAAAUGUUGUGAAAUCCAGGACCCAGUCUUCUGUUUCCAAGCUUUUUAACCUUGGGCGUGGUUCCAUUAGCAAAGCGGCGAAAGAACGAGAAAAGCAGCUUCACUCACUUAAUAGACAUGACGUACAAACUCAACACAAAUGAA